AUUCUGUACUUGCCACAGUGCAAUGGGCAAAAGUGGGCAAAAGUGGGAGCCAUAUACUAAGGUACACUAAGGCACAUUAAUAACCAAAAUAAUACAUCAAUGAUCAGGUAUAUUACACACAACAUAUAAUAUUUCAACAAUAUAUACACACAGUUUUGUAGAAGGCAUGAAGGUGGCAUGAAGGUCAGGGUUAAUGGAGUGUACACUCCCCCCCCCCCGCCUUCUGGAGAUGAAACAGAUCCCCCUGUCUCCUUUCAUCCAUCUUGUUUAGAGAAAAGGGGAGAGAGGAGGAAAAGAGGAAAGGGAGAAGGAUAAUGAGAAAGAGAGGAUGAGAAAAACCCGAGCAUGAUCAAUCUGCUCCAUGAAUAAUUGAAGAGGGUUGUGUUUUGGAGAGGUCUCUUCUCAGCCCAGCCACAGCAUCCUACAAUGAUUUCUCUCUUUCUACUCUCGUAUAGUACAUCUGAUGCACAUCCGGGACAGUGUAAACAUUGAUGAUUCGAGAAAAGGCUCUCGGUGGGAGAGGAGAAGAGAGGAGUCGGUUACCUAAUAGCACUUUGCGCUGGCUGCUCCUGCCGCUGCUAACGACGAUACUCCUAUAUUCCCAUUCUGGGCUCAGGAACAUUUAGGGCGACAGGAGGAAGGAGGGAUAACCAGAGCAGGGCUUUGAAUCGUAUGCCUAUCCUAUCGACCCAGCUGAGCACCCCCCCUCUUUUCUCCUUCUCCUUCUCUCCUCUGUGGAUGCCCUCACUUGCAGCAUGGACUCCGGAGGGGAAAGAGAGAAAGGGUGGAUGGAAGACCAGUGGGAGAAAUGGUUGACCCAUGACAUCAGCCUGAAUGAGUUUGAGGAUGAGGACCUGUCUGAGAUCACUGAGAUCACAGAUGAGUGUGGGAUGAGUCUCAACUGCAAUGGCCUGGAGAUUAAGGGCUGUGUGAGGCGGGGCCACAAUAGUGUGGUGGGGAAGGCAGAGCUGGGUGGUGUCGGCCAGCUCCAGGCCGAGAUGCUCCAUUUGGAUCUGAUUGACGGGGCCGAUAGUUACCGCGACAACAAGGAGUCAUCCAAGGAGCCAUCUUCCACAGCACCCUUGCCAAUAACCGAGGACCCGCCUCUAGUAACCAUGGAUAUAUACCGCCCUAAGAGACCCACAACCCUUAACCUUUUCCCCAUGGUGCCACACAGUCAGGACACAUUAAACAACAACUCAUUUGGUAAGAAGUACAGCUGGCAGGAGAAGGUCUCAAGCUCAUCCUCCCCCCUCAAAACAGGUGGGCUGACCUCUCCCCAUGAGCACAGCUGUCUGAGAGACGAGGACAAGCUCCAGCAGGGAGGUGGGACAGAGACCAAGGACCGGGGCACAUCCACUGACGCUCCCUGCAAACACAAACACACCUUUGGACACACCCACAGUUCCACAGCGGGGACACGCUCCAAACUGCAGGAGAAGCCCCCAGCAACCCCGCCUCCGCAAAACUACACACCCGCACCUCUGGGCCCCUUAGGGAAUGGCGAGGGAGGUACACACAGAGAGAAGAUUCGCUAUCACACAGACGUAUGCCUAGAACCCACCGAGGAGAUCUAUCUGACUCCCGUGCAUCGUUCCGAGCAGGACCGCCCAUUCCUGUCCCAGCAGCCAGAGCACGGACGCAUGUCAAUCAGCUCUGACACAGAGGGCCCGCCCCCUUACCAGCCUCUGCCCGAGCAGACCAACCUCUGCAUGUGUGAGGAGGUCGAGGUGUAUGUGCCCCCUCCCUCCUACGCCUCCUGUGUGGAGGCUCUCCUCACCCCUCUCUCUACUGUCCCCCCCACGGAACCCCCAGCCUUAACCCUGAACCUCAGCCUGAGGGAAGGAGGAGCAGGGGCGGUGGUGAGGGCAGGGGUGGAGUAUGUAGAUGCCGAGGAUGAGACAUUUGGGGGAGAGGGUGAGGCUGAGGAUAAGAGGGUAAGGGAUGUGGUAGGCAGGCGGUAUUUGGGACGUGGCGGCUGUGGUGCCCCCCCAAGGAAUUUAAUGAGCUCAGAAGCAAGUGGUCUGUCUUACGACUCUGUGAAGUACACACUCGUCGUGGACGAGCACGCGCAGCUCGAACUGGUGAGUCUGCGGCAGUGUUACCAAUGUUACAGCGACGACAGCGACUCUGCGACCGUCUACAACAACUGCAUCUCGUCUCCGUAUGAGUCGGCCGUAGUGGAGGAGUAUGAAGAGGAAGAGGAAGAAGAGAAAGAGUACGAGAAGGAGAGAGUGAGAGUGGGAAUGGUGAGGAGAGAAGCCACCGCCUGUCUGUCAGAGGACUACACCCCAGAGGCGAACCUGCACUUCUCUAAGAGGUUCCUCAACAUCUUCAUGAACGGACGGUCACGAUCCUCCAGUGCAAAGUCAUUUGGCUUGUUCUCCUGCUUCAUUAAUGGGGAGGAGAGGGAACAGAGUCACAGAGCCGUCUACAGGUUCGUCCCUCGCCAUGAUGACGAGCUGGAGUUGGAGGUGGAUGACCCUCUACUGGUGGAGGUACAAGCAGAGGAUUACUGGUACGAAGGCUACAACAUGCGUACAGGCACCCGCGGCAUCUUCCCUGCUUACUACGCCAUAGAGGUUGCCAAGAAGCCAGAGAGCUUCAAAGUGAAGAGCAGUGAAUGGAUAGACAGAUACCACAUGAAAUUCCUGGGCUCGGUCCAAGUGCCCUACCACAAAGGCAACGAUGUUCUGUGUGCAGCUAUGCAGAAGAUUGCCAGCAAUAGGAGGAUGACAGUGCAGUAUAACCCACCUUCAUCUUGUAUCCUUGAGAUCAACAUGAAAGGCGUGAAGCUCCUAGUCCAGGAUGACUACUAUGCCUCUGACAGAAGUAACCAGUGCAGCCACUUCUUCCAGUUGAAGAAUGUUUCCUUCUGUGGCUAUCACCCUAAGAACAGCAAGUACUUUGGCUUCAUCACAAAACACCCAGCUGACCAGAGAUUUGCCUGUCAUGUGUUUGUGUCUGAAGAUUCUACUAAACCCCUGGCAGAGUCAGUUGGGAAAGCCUUCCAGUUGUACUAUAAGGAAUUUGUAGAUUACUCCUGUCCGACAGAGGAUAUUUACCUGGAAUAGCACCCACCCCAACUUCCCCCACAACCCUGUACAUUACAGAUUAUCAUAACAUAAAGUUGCAUGACGGAGAAAACAUUUCUAACAAAUAUGAACUAAAAUAUCUGACAAAAAUAUGGAGAGAGAGAAAGAAGGUGAGGUAUUGGUGUCUACUGUUUAUCCAAAUAUGUCAAACAGUAUGAAGAUUGAACAAGUAAUUGAUCCAAACAUAGUGGAGACGUUGAAGAGAGGGUUGCAAAAUAUGCUAAAUGGAGUCACUGAUGAGGAAGUGAAUGUGCCUAUGGUGUCCUCAGGCUGUCCACUCAAAGCACAAUGCUCAAAUCAUAGUGACCUGGACUGGAAUAGUCUGAGACUAAUCUUCGUGGAUUUAGAGCUUGAAUCCCAGGUAGAACACUGGGCUUUGUGGACUUGGAGCUUGAAUCCCAGGUAGAACACUGGGAUUUGUGGACUUGGAGCUUGAAUCCCAGGUAGAACACUGAGCUUUGUGGACUUGGAGCUUGAAUCCCAGGUAGUACACUGAGCUGUGUGGACUUGGAGCUUGAAUCCCAGGUAGAACACUGAGCUUUGUGGACUUGGAGCUUGAGUCCCAGGUAGAACACUGGGCUUUGUGGACUUGAACUAAAACAAAAACAAGUAAGCAUUAGGGUCAUACUGUUGACCAGGAAUGUGUCUUUAAUAUGCUGCAAAGCCUUUAAUAUGCUGCAAAGCCUUUGGUAUUAUCUCUGGUACAUUGUCAGAACCUUCAAAUAUAUUCACAUUAAGGAAUCAAGAGAAAAAAAAAGAAAAAAAGGAGAUUCCUACCAAUAAAAGCGCUCACGUUGUUUUCUGUUCGAAAAUGUUUCCUUUUGUUUGUGCUGAACAUGACCCUAGUUAUUAUUUUAUUUGUGGGAAGACUGAUUCUUGAUAAAUCAUUAAGGGUACACUCCUUAAUUGAAUUACAGUAUUGUAAUUCCAUGAUCAGGAACAAAGAGGUGGACCACAGAGUUUCCAGUCAACCGCUUUGGCUUGCUUUUAAGGAUGUUUUAGCCUUCUAAUUUGCAGGAAGGGUCACUGUGGACUGCCUCAUAGUUCUUCUCAUGCUCAGUUUCAACAUGAAAUGAGAGUUCAUAUUGAGAGUUCAGAUGGGGUUGCUAUUCAGAUAACUGGGUAUAAGAUAAAGACGCUUACUCAAGCUGUUACCCUGGUAACAUAAAAGGGAAUUACCUCUGACCCUCACAAAAAGGACAUGAAAGGUUUGUAGGAAAUAGGAUGAUGUGUAGGAAAUGGAUGAUGGGAGAUGUAGUUUUAAAGGAAAGCCUAAGUCUAUUACAGAGGUGCUCUGACUAGGAAGUACAAGGCAGUGGGAGACUGGUGUUACAAGUAAUGCCUCUUUGAAGGAUCAUUGUAGUUAUUACUAUAUCAAUUAGAUAUACCACAUGGUGUGUUGAUAGGAGAGGUUGAAAACAGGCUGUUUUUGCGGAGGAGAUAUCAUGUGUGUGUUGAGAUAGUAAGACAAGAGUCUGAAAUCAGCCAAUCGCUCUUACCCAUUUAUUGCUUGUAGAUUCUGAUGGAACCACAAUUAUACCCUAAAUUCACUGGAAGGCUAGGUGGAUCCAUCCCCAUACUGCUGUCGUGACGUUGUAUUAGUUAAAGUGACAACUGCUGCUCAUCGAAUGAUUAACGGUUUAUAAUUGCGUGAUUAAAUUAAUCAGGCAAUUAUUAACUCAUUAACCUGGGGCACCAUGGGAAAAUUAACUCAAAGAAUAUCGAUUUUACAACAGUCACUAAUUAAUCAAUUUCCUCCAGUCUCAUUCUGAAUGUCGCAUAAUCCGGGAAUCUGCACACAUCCGAGUCCCACCAAUGAGUUCGUACCACACCAAUUUUAGUUGAUUAUUUAUUUACUAGAAAGCUAAAAUGAUAAUAAAAGAUACACAAAACACAGUCUAGGCUAUUGAUUAGAACUUAGUACAACGGGCCAACACACUAUGAUGCGUGUUACCCAAAAUGGGGAUAUGAA